AUGCGCUUGUCUUUAAGCAACACGAGUUUGUCGACGUCGUGCUCUAGGUGGACGACCUUCAAGGUUUUUGUAAAUCAAGGGGCCGGGAGGAAGAUCUUCAACGGCCUCUUGCUUGUCCUCGAGCACUUGUCUCCGUCACUGCCGAUCUUAACACGGAGAUGCGCGGGCUACCCUGAAAUCUUUUACGAACAGACCUCCGAGGACACUACUGCUGUGCACGAGGCCGUGCAGUUCAUGAGAGAAGAGGCUACGGAAGACAUACUGAAGGAUAUUCUGAAAGAAAUGCUUCCACAACAGCAAAUGGCGGAUGGUAGCUCAAACGGAGAGCAGUGCGAAGCAAGUGGCGAAGAUCAAAGCGCACUAAGCGCUAUUCUUUCUGAGAGGGGAACUAGUCUACACGAUGAUGAUCCGAAAGACGAAGACGAAGCGUCAUUACUGCUAGUGGAGGGGUCGGAAAUUGAGCUUCAUGAAGAGGAUGAGCCGAACACGGAGGACGACGAAAUGGUGACGGAAACUCCGGCUGGGCCUCCGAAGACAUUGCAUUGA